AUGGAAAAUUCACUGAAAAUAAUUGUUGUGUCUUUUAUAACUUUUUAUUUGUCAGCACUUAUCAGAGUUGCAGUGCAGCUGCUGCCUUUCCCAGUACCACACAACUUUUUUCUUGUCCUCUUGGGCAUGGCAUUUGGCUACUUGGAUUCUUACUAUCCCGAGAUUGGAUUCAGAGUUUUAACAGAAAGCAACCCUCACAUAGUGAUGCACAUGAUUAUUCCAGUGAUUAUGUUUGAAGCAUCAUGUUUCACCAACUUGGAGUCAUUUGUUAUUGCUGGUGCCCAAGUCACCAUAUUGGUGUUCCUCAACUUUCUGUUCUCAAUUGGAGUUAUUGGAUUAAUUGUGAUCGUGGUCUUUGACUAUGGCUGGCGAUGGAACCAUGCUAUUCUCUUAACUUCGAUAAUAGUAGCACCUGGUCCAGUUGUGACAAUGGCUUUUCUAAAAAGGCUCAUUGCGUCAUUGAAACUUCAGUAUUUUCUGGAAAGUGAAGCCAUCAUGGGAAAUUGUGUAGCUGUCAUUAUUUUCAAAUUAUGCAUUCUUUGGUCUGUCAGCAGUACUCAUUAUUUACAAGAGUACACAAUGGGACUUUGUGUAAGCCCUUUGUUUGGGUUCAUAAUAGCAAAAGCCAUUGCUUACUGGAUGUCCAGAAUCAUAAAGGACUCUGUGAAUCAAGUGUGUAUAGUCAUUGCCUCUCUGUAUGCUUGCUAUUUAGUGGCUGAGAUCAGUAGAAUGAGUGGUGUGAUAGCUAUAGUCUUCAUGGGAAUGUUUAUGACAGGCAGGAGGUCAAACUUGAGUGAAAACACAGAGAAGAUUCUUUUGAGAUUUCUGCAUGUGAUGUCAAGCUACUUCAACUGUAAUGUAAUCAUGUUGUGUGGCAUGAAACUGUCAGUGAUUCUCCCCUUGCUGACCUGGACCGACUGCGCUAACAUCAUGGAAAUCUUUAUACUACUGAAUCUGAUCAGAGUUGUUGUUGUUGCCAUGCUGUAUCCGCAACUGAAGAACAAAGGUUACUGUCUGUCAUUGAACAGCCUUUUGGUGGUGGCUGUCUGCAACAUCAGGGGUGUUGUAACCAUCCUUUUAACAUUUUGCUUGCUGCAGGAGAACUUUAGAAUCCAUAACGAAGUGAAGAUGUUUUCUCUUGCUCUGAGUCAAGUUGUUUUAUCACUGCUGUUUAAUUCCACAAUUGCUAAUGGAGUGCUUCGUUAUGAUGUUUUUGAUGAGUUCAAAUCACAAGUAAUUGCAAAUACCCAUGUCAUGUUAAGAGAUACUCAGCUUGAUUCAAUCUUCAUAUUCAAGCACAAUAACAAAUACUUGGCUGAUGCUGAUUGGAGCUUUGUGGAAAAGUUCACACGUAUCCAGCAUCCACUGCUCACCACAACUUUUAAAACAGAAAAGAACAAAACAAUUGAGAGACAAGCAAUCAACCGUAUCUUAAUGAUGAUGAAGGGCUCUUACUGGAAGCAGUACGGCGAAGGUCUCCUGUCCCAUGAUGCUGUUAAGCAGUUGUUUCACUGGUCUUUCCAGGCUCUAGCAAGAGGGAACACGUUGAUAUUUCCUUCAAAGAUUCAGUCCACUCUGACAGUACCCAAAGUUUACCAACAGUUUAGAGAUGACAUGUGCACCAAGUUGCAAGACUGGAUAAGACUGGGUCGAUAUUCACGCCCACUGCAGGCUCUGUAUACAGGAACAUUUAUAUGUCUUCAUCUUACAGACUUGAGUUUUACAGUGCUGCAGCUGAGCAAUGAAAUCUUCAUAAGAGACUCUUACAGAAACUUUGUCUUCUUUUGUUACAACAUGAUUUUUGUGGGAUCUCAUGGAAUACUAUUCAUAGUCAGGGUCGCACGUUAUAAGAAAGUUUCUGUAUGGGAAUAUCUCAUUGUGCUGCUUGUUUUCCUGGGAAUGGCUGAUUUAUUUGCUAUGAAGCUGUUGACUUCAGCCUCCUCAUUGACAAUGCUGUUGCGACUGAUUUUCAUCUCCACUCGAUUAUUUCGAAUCCUGAGAAUGGCAGAGGUAUUUCCAUACAUGCUUAAAAUUCUCCUGAAAAUGUGCGAGUUAAAUAUCAGUAUUUUGUUGGCUGAGGGCUUUGAUAUUGCUCGUAGUUACAUCAGAGGACGUUUGGAAGUUCUGAGAUUGCUGAGUCAUGUGGAAUACGACAUCCCUGCCCACAUCCUGAAGAAAUUCAAGGAUGUGUGCACAGAGCAUAAGGUUGAGACAACCAAAAUUCUAGGGUAUCUACAAAUGAAACAUCCAAUAAUUUCUGCAAGUGCAAAGACACGUCAGGCCAUUCGUAUUAUUCUGACAAAAGAACUUGAUGUCUUGAGGCAGCUGGAGGAGAAGAGGAUGAUGAGACAUAGAGAUGGAGCUGUUCUAGACAAGGUGAUAUUAACAAGGUUGACUAAAUACCUCAACAAGUGGAUCACUGUGAUGCCCCCUAGUUAUGACAGAAUCAUUGCCAGUGUUCCUUGGAUCAGAAAUGAUCUGAAGCUUCUGAACUUUAUUAUGCAAAAGGGAGAAAUUGUCAAGUACAGCAGUUCAGAGUAUUUGGUGAUACAGUCCUGCCUUCCAGGUGGUAUAUACAUAAUCCUACAUGGUAUUGCAGUGCUGCGCAGAAAAGUCAUAGAAAGAACAGAUUAUUACACAGAGCAGGUAAUGGACUACCUGACCUCAGGCAGUGUCAUUGGAGAGUUUUCAUUCUUGACUGGAAAGCCACGACACAAGGCAGUCAUUUGUGAGACAGAUAUUUUGGUCAUGUAUAUCAGAUCUAGAUAUUUGUGGCAGUAUAUAGGAGGAAGACCAGGUGUUUACAGGCCGAAACUGUCUAACUUGGAGGAACGGAUGUGGAAGGUGAUUGCUAUAAAACUGGCAUACAGAGUACUCAUAGCAGAGCCAGACUGGCUAUGCCUGAGCCAGAGUGAGAUCUUAGCCAAGCUUGUUGAUGGAGUUGUAGUCGAUGGAAAAGCUGACCCUCAAGCUUUUGCUGCUUAUAUUCAGAAUUCUGACAUUGUGCUCAUUUAUG